AUGAACCAGUUUCAGGAAUUAGAGAAAACUAUUGCCUUGAGAUUUGAGUUACAAAUCUUAAAGGAGUCCAAUAAAAGACUCGAAGAUCAAAUGCAAAAUGAAAUAUCCUUAAAUCGAGAUCAUGACACUCAGCUCACAGAAACCGAAUUAAACGAGGCUUAUCACAAGAUUUUGGAAUUAGAGGCGGAACUAGAAAGCAAGAAUCACUAUUCUGAAGAAUUAGACACAAAAUUCGUUGAACUUCAGCUUUACCUUGAAAGGAUGAAAAUGACACACUCGAAUGAUUACGUUAAUCAGAAAAACGAACCUCUGUGA